CCGGUUUGACAGCGUUUAUUACUUCGUUACAAUUUGCGUAUCCUGAUCUGCAGUGAUCAUCGCAACUAAUCCUUGUAUCGGCACCCAGUUGACCAGUUGCUAGUGUUGGUUGAAGAAAAAAGGAAAUGUCGCCUUUAUGUGAUCUUGUUGAAUGCAUUCAACGCCUCAUUGCUGGUGCCUUCCAUCCAUCUCGACUUUCAAUCAGCUUCCGUUGUGGAGCAUGAAGCUGGCGAUGUUGCAUCACAACAUCGUUCGUAAUGACAGAACAGGACCAGGGAUACUUGUCCUGAUCCCUCAAGAAGUUGGUCUCAGGUCACUGUGUCCACGACGGCAGGCUGGUCGCUUCUGCGAGCGCUCCAACGAACCGCUGCCAUAAAUGUUGGCCUCUGCACGUGCCGC